AUGAAAGAGGGUGAGAGUGUUGAUGCGUACUUCGCUCGAACACUCAUCAUAGCAAACAAGAUGAAGAUUCAUGGUGAAAACAUGCAGCAAGUGGUGAUCAUUGAAAAGAUCUUGAGAUCAAUGACCUCAAGGUUCGACUAUGUCGUGUGUUCGGUUGAAGAGUCUAAUAACUUAGACACCUUAACCAUUGAUGAGUUGCAGAGCAGCUUACUGGAAGCGAAUUAUGCUGAGCUUGAGGAGAAAGAAGAAAUGUUGCUGAUGUCAUAUGUGGAGCUUAAUCAAUCAAGGAGAGAAGAUGUCUGGUUCCUUGACUCAGGGUGUAGCAAUCAUAUGUGUGCAAAUAAGGAGUGGUUUUUGGAUCUUGAUGAGGAAUUCCGACAAUCUGUGAAGCUCGGCAAUAAUUCCAAGAUGGCUGUGUUGGGAAAGGAUAACAUUAGGUUGCAAAUUGCUGGAGUUACUCAGAUAUGGGCAUCUAAGUUUCAAGGGUUUGAGAACAUUGCAAUAUAA